AUGAGUUCCAGAGUACAAACAGUCAACGGUGACAUCGACCCGAGGCUGCUCGGCUUGACGCUUACACACGAGCACUUGCACAUGAAAUUCACGCACUUCUACAAGCAACCGCCGAAACACAUCGCCGAUAAGUUCCAAACCGGAUUUUCUCUACAAACUGUCGGCUAUUUGAGACAGUACCCGUACAGCUCCCGAUGCAAUUUACUUCUCAACGACACCGACUCGGAAAUGGCCAUUAAGGAUGACGUGAAGGCGUUCAAAGAGUACGGCGGUGGUGCUAUCGUGGAAAAUUCCACUGUGGGAUUGGAGAGGAACAUUGGUUUCCUCAAGGAGGUUUCUGCGAGCACCGGCGUGCAUGUCGUGGCUGGGACGGGGUUCUACAUCGCCGACACGCAAAACGGCCAAUCGGUCAACAGCACGAGAGAAGAUCUUUACAAUCAUAUGUUGAAGGAAUUGUCGGUCGGAUGCCUUGACUAUCCUUCAGUGAAAGCGGGUUUCAUGGGCGAGAUAGCCAGUGUAUGGCCUUUGAAAGAUUUCGAGCGUACGGCGAUCGCCGCGGCGGGCGAGGUCCAGGCACAGCUGGAGUGCGGGGUCAGCUUCCACCCUCACCGCGACCCCGAAGCCCCCUUCGAGAUAAUGCGCGUGUACACGGAGGCCGGCGGGCGCGCUGACAAAGCCGUCAUGUCGCAUAUUGACCGUACUUUAUUCAAAACCGAGGAGCUGUUGGAGUUUGCCAAACUGGGCGGCUACUGUCAGUUCGAUCUCUUCGGAACGGAGGUGUCUUACUAUCAGCUGAAUGAAUCCGUGUCGAUGCCCUCAGACGCGCAGCGCUUGGACAAAAUAGAGGAGCUCAUAAAACAAGGGAAGGAGGACCGGAUACUGAUGUCUCAUGACAUCCAUACGAAACACAGGCUGAUAAAUUUCGGCGGCCACGGCUAUUCUCACAUAAUUAACAACGUGCUGCCAAGAAUGAAGACACGAGGAAUAUCGCAAGCAACCAUCGACAAAAUUACAAUUGAAAAUCCCAAAAACUGGUUAACUGUCAAAUUC